AUGCCACCAAAGACACGAAAAGUUCAACUUGCGGCUGCACGAAACAAUUGUCAUGAUUCAGAUGAUGAUUGGCAUAAUGAUAAAUUCGAAAAUCUAAAACAAAUUUCACAGACUGCUUUUGAUGUUAUAAUUAAAAAUGCAAAAGUGCCAACAUCAUUUACAAAUAAACGUCCAUUGGUUUAUAUUGGAAAUUCGGAAAGGACACAAAGACGUAAAAAAUUAGCUGCUAAAACUGCAACAGCUG